AUGAAUACUCCUAAAAGCCACCAGACUCUCUGCAAGAAGUAUGGCAAACACCAACCCCACAAAGUAACACAGUAUAAGAAAGGCAAAGAUUCUCUGUAUGCCCAGAGAAAGCAGCAUUAUGACAGGAAGCAGGGUGGCUAUCGUGGGGAGACUAAGCCAAUUUUCCAGAAAAAGGUUAUAACUAUAAAGAAGAUUGUGCUGAGGCUAGAGUGCAUUGAACCUAACUGCAGAUGUAAAAGAAUGCUUGCUUUUAAGACAUACAAGCAUUCUGAACUGGGAGGAGAUAAGACGAGAAAAGACCAAGUGAUCCAGUUCUAA